AUGCCCGGAACAUCACCCCCGGCCAACGGCACCCUGGACGAGACUCUUGGAACCCGCGACCGUGUUCGGGUCCGCAAACGAUACACCUCGCACGCUUGCAUGGAAUGUCAACGGCGCAAGAGGAAAUGUACCGGCGAACGAGUUUGUAUGACCUGUCGCUAUAUUGGCACCGAAUGCGUCUAUUCAACAUUGCGGUCCGCGAAAUCACGUACGCCAGCGCAGAGCACAGCUCCCUCUCGGCCGUCGGAGGCAUUGCCCAUGCUAGAUGCCCGAUAUCCUCAGAAGCACUCGUCAAUACAAGAAUCGUCCCUAGAGAAUGUCGACGGAGGCCUUGAAGCCCGCACUCGAACGCUCGAGCAACGCUGCGAAGCCCUCGCCAAGGAGCUCGCAACACUCCAUAGGCCGGAAGAGAGUGAUCGCCGAAACACCCAAACCCUGCCUGUGGUGGUGGAGAGUCCAACGAGCCUGUCCGUCGUCAGCUCGGCACCCACCACCAGCAAUACCUUUGAGCGAAACACCGCUUUCAUGAGCGACACGGCGUACAGUCGCCAGAUCGAUCAGCUGGACCAGUCGGUAACCCAAGAGCUAGGAGAAAUCGUCCCCUCAGGAGGUACUUCUCUUGCUGGUAGGCAGGUGGGCCCUGGUGCCGCCCUGGAUAGCGACUACAUCGGUAAUUCGAGAGACAUGAUUGAGCAGAUUAUACAGCAAACGAGACUCGGGGACGCCGACAACAUCCUGCACUGGCUCGAACUCUACUUCCAAUCGAUCAACCCGUUCUAUCCGUGCAUCAACGAAUUCCACAUGCGAGUCCAGCUGGCGUCUUUCCUGGCCAACGACACCAGCUGCAUGAGUCAGGAGGCGGUCAUCCACUUCGCAGCCCUACUCAAUUUUAUGAUUGCUGUCGUCCGGAUCCUGCAUGACGUUAGCGCGGAGGGCAGCCCACUUCCGGGCUGGCAAGAGUUCGACCGAGGGGAGCAGCUGUUGCGUGGACAUCGUUCGUGGUUAGAGCGGCCGACCAUGACGACCAUCCAGGUGUUUUUGAUCAAGGCUAUCUACUGUCAACACAUCUCGAAGCUCAAUGCGGCCUACGACGCAACCGGCACUGCUAUUCGAUUGUGCUUCCAGCUGGGCCUCCACAGCGAACCCAGCUGGGGCGACAAGUGCAGCUACUUUGAGCGGACGUACCGCCAGCGCAUCUUCUGGUCCACGUAUUGCAUGAAUCACAACAUCGCCCAGAAUUCGGGCCUCCCCCAUCUCCUGCACAAGUCGGACUUCAAGGUGGAAUACCCCAUGUGCGUGGACGACCGGAUGCUAUAUCCCAACUGCCCGCGGCUGGCGCCGAGCCCCAAGGUCUCUCCCGUACCCUACAUGAUCGAGGUCAUUCAAUGGUCCAAGCUCGCUUCUGCUGUCUGGGACGUCAUGUUCGGCGUGCGGGCAGAGAAACCCGUCAGCCAGGCAUUCAUAUCCUCAACCGACAGCAAAAUCAUGAACAUGGCGCAGAGAACCCCCGAGCCCUUACGCUGGGCCGGCGGUGCUAGGGAGCAAGGCCGGGACACAGUGGCAUCCUUCAUCCGACAACAAAGCUUCGUCCUGUAUCUACGAGCCCGUGCGUUGCGCCUCCUGCUCAGGCAUGAGGAGAUGAUGAGCCUGCGCUGUGGAAGUGGCAAUGUACAGCUCUGCAUCGGCAUCGCGGCCGAGGUGGUAGCCGCCGUGGAAACGGCGUACUCGGCGGGCAUCUUCCUCCCGAAUCAGCGACAAUCCUAUGCCCUCCACCUCACCAGCGUGAUCGUGCACAUGAUCUGCGUCGUGUUGCAGCACAACAGCGAGGAAGGCUCUGUUCGACCCGCGGUCGACCUGUUGAACCGCUCUCACAGAAUCGUGGAGGAAGUGUCCGUCGGCUUCGCCUUCGCGCGUGGUAUGCUCAUACAGCUGCGAAGGCCCAUCCGUGCCGCCCGGCAUGUCCUCGAGCAGAAGUGGCCGCGAUUGGCAUUCUGGCCGCCAUCUCAGCCGUCCCAGAACGCCAUUGAGCCCCCCGUACCCAUUGGUCUUGUGUCGGCUAACGAGGCCAUCUCCACCACUUGGGGGAAUGAGCCGACGGCCACCGGGGCGGCGUCCAUAGAACUUGACGAGUCGUUCAUGUUUGACCCUGAGGGCGUUCUGGGGCUGUCUUCUAUUUGGGAAGACGUCAAUUAUUGGACUACGAUGAACACGUUGUAG